GGGGGAUUUACUUCACCUAUCCAAUUGCCACUUGCGUCUCACAAAAGAAAAGAAAGAGUGAUUUAGCUCUGAAAAGUUAUGAAUCAGGGGCUCCUCCUCCUCCACCCACCACCAUGUGGUGGAGACAAAUUUCUGCAGAAGCACGACAGGAACAAGCGGGACUGCAGCCGAGGGAAACACCUAACUUACCUUUGUGUGGAAGAGAGAUUAUUUAGGAUCGAGCCCUCUUAAGUGCAAUCAAAGUGGAGACAUUUCACUCAUAUGAGGAUUUAGCUUUAAGGUGAUAAAACAUUUUCUUCAGAAGUAAAAGUGAUGUCUUCGUAAGGGUGAUAGUGACCGCUGGGAGGACGCUACAUGCCCUAAAAGAAGAUGUAGGAGAUUGUGAGGUGAGAGCCGUGAUGAAUGUGCUCUCCACAGAGCAUGUAGAGGGAUGUGCGCCUAUCCUCCAAGGGCUGUGGGAGUCUGUGAGACCAGAGCAGAAAGAGAUCCUGCUCUCGCCUUACCUGCCUGCGUCCUACGCCUUCUUGACGCACGUCCUGCUCUGCGCACCUUUCCUGGCGCUGGACGCGCUGGGAAGCGUCUGUCAGCGCGUCCGCUCGUGGAGGAUCACGGCAGGCUCGGGUCCGCCGCCGUCGCUCCGGCGAUGGUUUGACUGUUUUUGGAGGGUGCUGUACAGAUACCUGACCACCGUCCUCCCCGCCACCGCGCUGUUUCACUUACUGAGGAGCCCUGUGUUACCGGAGCUGGCUCCAUCCUGCUGGCAGCUCUUUGUGGAAGUCUUCGCAUGUCUACUGCUUUUUGACACACUCUUCUUUAUAUGGCACUUCGUCAUGCACAGGGUUCCCUGGCUCUACCGCAACACCCACCAGCUGCACCACCAGCACCAUGUACCCUUCGCACUGGCAGCUCAGGACAGCAGCUCACUGGAGCUGUUAUCUCUGCUGCUGCUGGCUCUGAGCAGCGCCUGGGUGGUGGGCUGCCAUCCUCUGAGCGAAGCCUUCUUCCACCUCAUCAACAGCUGGCUGGCGGUAGAGGACCACUGUGGAUAUGACCUGCCCUGGGCUCUACACAGACUGCUGCCCUGUCUGGGAGGAGCUCCCUGCCACCAAGCCCACCACUCUCUCCACAAUGUCAACUACGCCCCCUACUUCACCCACUGGGACCUCCUCUUUGGCACAUACCGCGCAUCAGCACAGUAUUUACGUCCAGAGUGACAAAACUGUUGCACAAAGCAAACUGAGGAUUUAUUAAAUUCCAGCAAAGCUGUCAAGUGAAGGAUAUUUUCUGCACAUUUUGUUUGGUCCUGAUCAGCCUUUCAUUCUUCAUGAGGGAUAACUGAUCCCUCAGUUUACAGCAAACCAUCCACUGUCAUUUCAGUCAGACAUCCUAUAGUGUCAAGACAAAAUGAGACUUGUGACCAAAAUAUGCCUUUUGUGAUAAAAAUGAUUGAAAUCUGUAAAAUUCUGUAAACAAGACAACACACGUUAUGUUUCUUUGUCAAUUAUCUGUGAAUUCACUGAUGAACAAACAUUGUGUUCACAUGCCGCCAUAAAGAUGUGAAAGCCAACAAUGGCCUUUGUAACGCUCAUAUCUACAGCUGCUCUGCAUCAAGUGAAUGCAGCACAAGAUGAGGAGAGAGCAGGGAUGACAUAAUAAAUCAAGACAAUGAAACAAUGGACGAACGCCUGGACCAAUGUGCACUUGAUUUGCCUUCAUGGCAUGGGAGUGAUUCUAAAUGGAUUCAUAUGCUUUCAUUUUGUAGGCGUGAAGCAGAUAAUACAUGACCGACUUAUUUUGGUGAGUGCAGAGGAAACACUACAAAUCUGAGCAGAUGUCUGCAGAUAUUCACACAUUCUAAGCUACUCUACAAACUGGUUAAAGGGAGAGAGAUGUUUGAUGCCACCUUCGGUACACUUAAAUGGACGCUAAAACCAACAACUAGUUAGCUUAGCACAAAGAGUGGAAAUGGGAAAACAGCUAACCUGGAAGUGAUGACGCCUAGCCAAGACCUAGUUCAUCAGAUGAAGCAUAAAACAACAAAUUUGCGCACAGAAAAUAUAAAAAGAUAUAGAUACAUAAUGUGUUAAUAGUUGAGCUUAAGGCCCUGGCAGGUGGAUCUUUAGCCCCACUUACAGCAAGCAGCAAUACCUCCAGGCCUGAAAAUGGAGCCAAUGUGGAAGUGCCAAAAACUGCAGUUUCUAGAAUGGCCACUUGAGGCUGGCCCCAAAGACCCCCAUGUUAAACUCCCCAACUUUACAGCAAAAAAUAAACAUGUUUACGGGCUGGUCCAAAAAAAUAACAAGACAAACAAAACAAAAUACUCAAAGCAGCUGUUCCCUUGAACAUACAUAACUUUGGGCUUUAAUAAAAUAUAAAUAGCUAAGUGGUAUAAAAAUUCACCCCCCUACAGUUGUCAUAAAUGGUGAAAUUAGCUAUAGCGACUGAAACCAUUUUUGUACCAGGCUGUAAACAUGUUUAUUUCUGCUGCAAAGUUGGGCAAUUUCACAUGGGAGUCUAUGGGGAUUGACUCGCUCUUGAAGCCAGCCUCAAGUGGCCAUUCAAAGAACUGCAGUUUUUGGCACUUCAGCAUUGUCUUCAUUUAUCAGCCCUGGAGUUGCCACUUGUGCAAAUCCUAAAUAUUUCAGUGUAACUGUCUACAAUGUAAGAGUAUUGUAAAUAUUUAAGAUGAACAUUCCUCUUUGAGCCAAAUGUGUUGUACAAUUUGUGCCGUGUAUACUUGGUGAGUAUAUUGUAAAAAGUUUGUUGUAUUCACUGUUGUAUUUGGGCAUUUAAACAUGAGAAAACAUAUGAAAGCAACAAGACAUGGCUUUGUUGUUUUGUUGUUGGCCUCAGGUUCAGGUUUCUGCUUUGCUGCUGUGGUUGGUGAUUUGUGUUCCCUGGGCCUCUCAGCUGUCUACUCUCUCUGUUAACCGGUUCCAUGUGGAUUUGCCUGAGCAAUCAAAACCACAUGUUUUUAGUGAUGAGAAGCCUUUUAGUCACUUUUUACAGUUGUAACUGUUGUAAUUUGUUUCACAAGAGAGGCAUGGUUGUCAAUAGGGCCUUCCUUUAAAAUCCAACAAUAACAACAUGCUCAGGUUUUAUUUCCCACAGAAUUCAGCUGAGUCAUGCCAGAUGAUUUGUAGUUACCUUAUCUUUGGCACUUGCAUGAAAAAAAAGGAUAACAGAGAGCUCCAGAUUGCUCAAGCUUCCUAUACUUCAUCACAGUGAAAUAGGGGGGCUAGCAUGAAUGGGAGCCAAAUGCAAUUCUUGUGGAUAGAUAACGAGUUAAGGUAUCAUUACUUUACUUUAGCAGCUAUUUGUCUUUUUCAGCAUGAUUUUAACACGUAAUAAUACAAUAUCAGAUUUUUCUCACGCAGCAGCCUUCUCAGUCACGACCUGUUUUAUAUAUUUUUUGAAGGUCUCUAGAAAGUGAAAGUCAUAAACUUCUAAUGAAGAAUGACAGUUGUGCUGUUCUUUUUGUACUGACUUGCAAUGAACACAUUCUUCCAAGAAAGCAGUCCAUAGUCAUCCUACAGUAUGAACUACACCGAACAUCUGUUUUUCAUUUCUGAAUCAUCCAAUGGGCCUUUGAAAGUUUCGCAAGAUCAGACUCAAAUGCAAAUUGUUUAAAGGUGCUUGAGCAUUUGGAGGAACUUUUGCAUACAGUUAUUAAGCAAUGUUUUUGUGCAGAGUUUGCUAUUCGUGGGAAAUGAAGAGACUGGAGGAAAGAAUGAGAGAAGAGUACUGGGUGGUGGUGCCAAGAGAUGGAAUGAUAAACAUGUGACCCAAAACGGAAACAAUUACAGACCCCACGUCAGAGUCAGGGCGAGUCAUGCAGCUUUAGAUGACACACACCUAAACACACAGCUAAACACACGUCCUGCAGCCGACGUCAUGAUGUCAGGCACUGAGGCAUUCCAGGAUUUUCAUGCACUUUCAGCCGUCUGUACAGUGGGAAGCGCUGAGUUUGUUUACUUGUAGUUAGGUGUGCUCCUCCUAGAUAAUCACGUAGGCCAAAUCCCUUACAAACUCCAGCAUAACAACAAGAAGAGAGAUUAGAAUUUUUUUAACAGAUGGAGCCAUGUCAAAACAAGACAGAGAAAAAGCACAGAACACUCUGCAGCAGUUCUUAUCAUCUGAGCAAAAACUAAAGACUUCCCAUUUCAUCAUAUUCCCUGAAAGUUUGCCAUUCAGUGACAAAGGCCAGAUUCAUAUUUCUUCCACCAUUCUGUAAAUAUCCAAUUAGUGAGCUUUACAUAGCUGAGACCUCCUGUUGUCACAGUAACUGGCUGAGGUUCUUGCUCUCUGGUCUGUAACCAUUUUUAGACGACCUCCUCUCUCGUCUUUCAUGAGAGGUUAGGAGAGUGACUUGUUUGCUUUCUCAAACAGCUCAGUGCACUUGUCAUUAAUGGGCUGUUGCCAAAGACUUUUUAUGAGGAAUUUUUUAAUGUGUUUGUCUUUGUCUGUAAAGCACAUGCUGUAGCAUAUUAGAAUUUUAGAGUAAGGUGAUCCACAACAAUAAAUAACCAUUCUGUUAAAACAGAACCCCAGGAG